GUUAUCUCGUAAUUCUGAUUCAAAGGUUCACUGUUCGGAAAUUUGUCGCCUUUCUUGUUAACCUUUAAUAAUGAAAAUCUAACCUUAACUUCUGUGCGUAAAAAAUAUGCAAGUAAUAGAUAUAUUCUACUUAUUCAUACUUGUGAUAACAUUUAAUAAUACAAACGUAAAAUAUUAAUUGUUUAUGUAGUUAACGAGGCCUCUUGAGUACAUGAAACUUUCUCAUAAACUAUUUUUUAAUUUAACAAAUAUUUUUAUAGUUAUUGACUUGUAACACUUUACGUGGACUACCCUAUAUAUACUUAUAUAAACAAAUGUAGUGUAUAGUUUCGUUAUCAAUACAUAGAAAUUGAAAUCGUGCAAUAAAUACAUCGUUUUCAAUGAUCUUAUUGAUUAUUUACGAAAAAGGAUUAUGAAAUGGCACCUUUAACAGAUUUACUGUCCUGUAGUAUAAUAGAGAAGGAUUGUAAUGGAGACGUGUUGUGGACUUGGUCAUACCCCACAGUAACAAAAUCUCAAAGGGAUGUAGUCAUCAGAAAGUGCAACUUGAAAUUAGAACAUAAUUCUCCUCACGUAUUUGUGUGUGCGAGACAUGGCCAUGAUUGGUUUUAUAUACAUUGCAGUGAAGUAUUUGAUUCUGACAAGUUGCUAAAAGUAAAAAAGUUUGCUCUGGUCCUCUUUGCAAAGGAUUUUAAUCCACAAAAAUACGAAGUGCUGUCUCGAGUUCUUAGCAAAAUGUAUUGCAAAACUGGUAAACCAACAGAGAUUUUGCAGUUGUAUCUUUCCGUAUUCACGAAAGGAUCGUGUUCUACACAGGAGAAUGGAACAUUUGUGUCGGAUGAUUUUAAUUGCCAUCAUUUUGCCGCCAGUACCAAUGUCAGGGAACUGAUUAAAACAUUUGAAUUAGAGACAAUUUUGAUAUAUACUGCUCUUUUAUUGAAAAAGAGGAUUAUUGUCUAUCAUCACAGUUUGGAACAGCUUCUAAAAUAUAUCAGGACGUUUCCUGCAUUAAUGAGACAUAGAAGAGUUAUCGACAAUCUCUUUCCUUGGAUUGACUUAGUAAACGACGAGUUAAUUGAAUUAAAGAGAUAUUCGCAUUACAUAGCAGGUUGCAGCAAUAGUUCUAUAUCAUCAAGAACAGACCUUUAUGAUCUGCUUGUGAACAUUCCUGCUAGAGAAAUAACCGUAGCUUCACAUGCAAAGGAAAGUCUCACAAUGACGAAAACUCACAAGGAAAUAGCGUUAUUCAUGGUUCAGCUGUGUGAAAAUCAAAACUACACAGAAAUGCAAAUUAUAUCUGAAAUAAGUGACAAAACGCAAGAUCUUCUAAAUCAAUUAAUUUCAAUAGCAACAAUUCAAACACCGGAUGGCAGAAAAAUGGUAUCCAUUGAGAUAUUUAAAGAAAAGAAUUUACCACCUGCUGUGGAGAAUUUUCUUAUUAAUUUAGCUAUUGCUGAAGACCUUUUUUUGUUAUAAUAUAAAAUAUAAAUGUAUAUAUAUAUAUAUAAGCUUUUUGUAAAUAAAUAAAAUUCCUAUGUGAGCAUCAAGAUAGAAAAUAAGAAUAAAGAAUACGUUUUAUUUGUGACAUUAGUA